CCCCGCUGUCCUUGUGCGCAUGAGCAGAGGCGCCUCCCUCGGUUCCUCCCAAGGCUAAACUUUCUAAUUCCCUUCUUUGGGCUCGGGGCUGGCCGGAGCGGCGAGAGCGCUUCCCCGGCCGGAAAGGAAGACGCAAAGAAAAGGCAGGCAGCUCGCCCGGCGCUCGCUCCUUCCUGUGCCGCGUCCCCUCCACAGCAGGGACUGGACAUGGGGCUGCUCCAGGUGUUCGCCUUGGCUGUCCUAGCCCUGUGCCGCACCGGAGUGCGCGCUCAGGAGCCGGAGUUCAGUUAUGGCUGUGCGGAAGGCAGCUGCUACCCUGCCACCGGUGACCUUCUCAUCGGCCGAGCUCAGAAGCUCUCAGUGACCUCGACCUGCGGACUGCACAAGCCGGAGCCCUACUGCAUCGUCAGCCACCUGCAGGAAGACAAGAAAUGCUUCAUAUGUGAUUCCCGAGAACCUUAUCAUGACACCCUCAAUCCUGACAGCCAUCUCAUUGAAAAUGUGGUCACCACGUUUGCUCCAAACCGCCUUAAGAUCUGGUGGCAGUCUGAAAAUGGCUUGGAAAAUGUAACUAUCCAGUUGGAUUUGGAAGCUGAAUUCCAUUUCACUCAUCUCAUCAUGACCUUCAAGACUUUCCGGCCAGCUGCUAUGCUGAUAGAGCGGUCUUCUGACUUUGGGAAGACCUGGGGCGUGUAUAGAUACUUCGCCUAUGACUGUGAGAGCUCCUUCCCAGGCAUUUCAACUGGCCCCAUGAAGAGAGUGGAUGACAUCAUCUGUGACUCUCGGUAUUCUGACAUUGAGCCCUCAACAGAAGGAGAGGUGAUAUUCCGUGCAUUAGAUCCUGCUUUCAAAAUAGAAGACCCUUAUAGCCCAAGGAUACAGAAUCUGUUAAAAAUCACCAACCUGAGGAUCAAGUUUGUGAAGCUACACACUCUGGGAGAUAACCUUCUGGACUCUAGAAUGGAGAUCAGGGAAAAGUACUAUUAUGCAGUUUAUGAUAUGGUGGUUCGCGGGAACUGCUUCUGCUAUGGCCAUGCCAGCGAAUGUGCCCCUGUGGACGGAGUCAGUGAAGAAGUAGAAGGAAUGGUUCAUGGACACUGCAUGUGCAGACAUAACACCAAGGGCUUGAACUGUGAGCUGUGCAUGGAUUUCUACCAUGAUUUGCCAUGGAGACCUGCUAAAGGUCGAAAGAGCAAUGCCUGCAAAAAAUGUAACUGCAAUGAACAUUCCAGCUCAUGUCACUUUGACAUGGCGGUUUUCCUGGCCACUGGGAAUGUCAGUGGAGGAGUAUGUGACAACUGUCAGCACAACACCAUGGGACGCAACUGUGAGCAGUGCAAACCGUUCUACUUCCAGCACCCAGAGAGAGACAUCCGAGACCCAAAUCUCUGUGAACAAUGUGCCUGUGAUCCAGCUGGUUCUAUGAAUGAAGGAAUCUGUGACAGUUACACUGAUUUUUCUGCUGGUCUCAUUGCCGGGCAGUGUCGGUGCAAAUUACAUGUGGAAGGAGAACAUUGUGAUGUUUGCAAAGAAGGCUUCUAUGACUUAAGUGCUGAAGAUCCAUUUGGUUGUAAAUCUUGUGCUUGCAAUCCCCUGGGGACAAUUCCUGGCGGGAAUCCUUGUGACUCUGAGACUGGUUACUGCUACUGUAAGCGCCUGGUGACAGGACAACGUUGUGACCAGUGCCUGCCACAGCAUUGGGGCUUAAGCAACGAUUUGGAUGGAUGUCGACCUUGUGACUGUGACCUCGGGGGAGCAUUAAACAACAGCUGCUCUGCGGAGUCAGGCCAGUGCUCCUGCCGGCCUCAUAUGAUUGGGCGGCAGUGCAACGAGGUGGAAUCCGGUUACUACUUCACCACUCUGGACCACUACAUCUAUGAAGCUGAGGAAGGCAAUUUGGGGCCUGGAGUCAGCGUGGUGGAGCGGCAAUACAUUCAGGACCGGACUCCAUCUUGGACCGGAGCUGGCUUUGUCCGUGUGCCUGAGGGGGCUUACCUGGAGUUUUUCAUUGACAACAUACCCUAUUCCAUGGAGUAUGACAUCCUAAUUCGCUAUGAGCCACAGCUGCCUGACCACUGGGAGAAAGCUGUCAUCACCGUCCAGCGACCUGGGAAGAUUCCAACCAGCAGCCGAUGUGGUAACACUGUUCCUGAUGAUGACAAUCAGGUGGUGUCCUUAUCACCAGGCUCAAGAUACGUGGUUCUCCCUCGCCCAGUGUGCUUUGAGAAGGGGAUGAACUACACUGUGAGGUUGGAGCUGCCACAGUACACCUCCUCUGAUAGUGACGUGGAGAGCCCCUACACGCUCAUCGACUCACUAGUUCUCAUGCCCUACUGUAAGUCCCUGGACAUCUUCACCGUUGGAGGCUCAGGAGAUGGGGAGGUCACCAACAGUGUCUGGGAAACCUUCCAGAGGUACCGGUGUCUGGAGAACAGCAGAAGUGUGGUGAAGACACCAAUGACGGAUGUCUGCAGAAACAUCAUCUUCAGCAUUUCUGCCCUGAUUCACCAAACAGGCCUCGCUUGUGAAUGUGACCCUCAGGGUUCCCUGAGUUCUGUGUGUGACCCCAACGGAGGCCAGUGCCAGUGCCGGCCAAAUGUGGUUGGAAGAACCUGCGACAGGUGUGCCCCGGGCACCUUUGGCUUUGGCCCCAAUGGAUGCAAACCUUGUGACUGCCACCUGCAAGGAUCUGUCAGUGCCUUCUGCGAUGCUGUCACUGGCCAGUGUCACUGUUUCCAGGGAAUAUACGCACGGCAGUGUGACCGAUGCCUACCUGGCUACUGGGGCUUCCCCAGCUGCCAGCCCUGCCAAUGUAACGGUCAUGCUGAAGACUGUGACUCAGUGACAGGGGAGUGUCUGAGCUGCCAGGACUACACUACGGGCCAUAACUGUGAAAGGUGCUUGGAUGGUUACUACGGUGACCCCAUCAUUGGGUCUGGAGAUCACUGCCGCCCUUGCCCUUGCCCAGAUGGUCCUGACAGUGGACGCCAGUUUGCCAGGAGCUGUUACCAAGACCCCGUUACUUUCCAGCUUGCAUGUGUUUGUGAUCCCGGGUACAUUGGCUCCAGAUGCGACGACUGUGCCUCUGGAUUCUUUGGCAAUCCCUCGGACUUUGGGGGGUCAUGUCAGCCAUGCCAGUGUCACCACAACAUUGACACAACAGAUCCAGAGGCCUGUGACAAGGAAACUGGAAGGUGCCUCAAGUGCCUGUACCACACGGAAGGGGACCAUUGCCAGUUCUGUCAAUAUGGGUAUUAUGGUGAUGCCCUCCGCCAGGACUGUAGAAAGUGUGUCUGCAAUUACCUGGGCACUGUGAAGGAGCACUGUAAUGGUUCUGACUGCCAGUGUGACAAAGCCACUGGUCAGUGCUUGUGCCUUCCUAAUGUGAUUGGGCAGAACUGUGACCACUGUGCCCCCAACACCUGGCAGCUGGCCAGUGGGACCGGCUGUGAGCCAUGUAGCUGCAGUGGUGCACACUCUUUCGGGCCAUCCUGCAACGAGUUCACAGGCCAGUGCCAGUGCAUGCCGGGCUUUGGAGGCCGCACCUGCAGCGAGUGCCAGGAGCUCUUCUGGGGAGACCCUGAUGUGGAAUGCCGAGCCUGUGACUGUGACCCCAGGGGCAUUGAGACACCACAGUGCGACCAGACCACAGGCCAGUGUGUCUGUGUAGAAGGUGUUGAGGGUCCACGCUGUGACAAGUGCACCCGAGGGUACUCAGGGGUCUUCCCUGACUGCACGCCCUGUCACCAGUGCUUCGCUCUUUGGGAUGUGAUCAUUACUGAGCUGACCAACAGAACCCACAAGUUCUUGGAGAAGGCCAAGGCCUUGAAGAUCAGCGGUGUGAUCGGGCCUUACCGGGAGACCGUGGACUCUGUGGAAAAGAAAGUCAGUGAGAUAAGAGACAUCCUGGCCCAGAGCCCAGCAGCAGAACCACUGAAAAAUAUUGGGAGUCUCUUUGAGGAAGCAGAGAAAUUAACCAAAGAUGUUACAGAAAAGAUGGCUCAAGUGGAAGUGAAACUCUCUGAUACAGCUGCACAAAGUAACAGCACAGCUGGAGAGCUGAAAGCACUGCAGGCGGAAGCCGAGAGCCUUGACAACACCGUGAAGGAACUUGCUGAACAACUGGAAUAUAUCAAAAACUCAGAUAUUCAAGGUGCCUUGGAUAGUAUUACCAAGUAUUUCCAGAUCUCUCUUGAGGCAGAAAAGAGGGUAAAUGCCUCCACCACAGACCCCAACAGCACUGUGGAGCAGUCAGCUAUCACACGAGACAGAGUAGAAGACUUGAUGCUGGAGCAAGAGUCUCAGUUCAAAGAAAAGCAAGAGGAGCAGGCUCGCCUUCUGGAUGAACUGGCAGGCAAAGUCCAAAGUCUAGACCUUUCCAUUGCAGCUGAGAUGACCUGUGGAACUCCUCCAGGAGCUGAUUGUUCUGAAACUGAGUGUGGUGGCCCCAACUGCAGAACUGACGAAGGACAGAAGAAGUGUGGGGGGCCUGGUUGUGGUGGUCUGGUCACUGUGGCCCACAGUGCCUGGCAAAAAGCCAUGGAUUUUGACCGAGAUGUCCUGAAUGCCCUGGCUGAAGUGGAACAGCUCUCCAAGAUGGUCUCUGAAGCAAAGCUGAGAGCAGAUGAAGCCAAACAGAAUGCUCAGGAUGUCCUGUUGAAAACAAAUGCAACCAAAGAAAAGGUGGACAGGAGCAACGAGGACCUGAGGAAUCUCAUCAAGCAGAUCAGAAACUUCCUGACCGAGGAUAGUGCUGAUCUAGACAGCGUUGAAGCGGUUGCUAAUGAAGUACUCAAAAUGGAAAUGCCUAGCACCCCACAGCAGCUACAGAACUUGACAGAAGACAUCCGUGAACGAGUCGAAAGCCUUUCUCAAGUAGAGGUUAUCCUGCAGCAGAGUGCUGCUGAUGUUGCCAGAGCUGAGAUGCUGCUGGAAGAAGCUAAAAGGGCCAGCAAAAGUGCAACAGAUGUUAAAGUCACUGCCGACAUGGUGAAGGAAGCACUGGAAGAAGCAGAAAAGGUCCAGAUUGCAGCAGAGAAGGCAAUUAAACAAGCCGAUGAUGAUAUCCAAGGAACCCAAAACUUGCUAACUUCGAUCGAAUCUGAAACAGCAGCUUCUGAGGAAACCCUGACUAAUGCCUCUCAGCGCAUCAGCAUGCUUGAGAGAAAUGUGGAAGAACUUAAGCGGAAGGCUGCCCAGAAUUCUGGGGAGGCAGAAUACAUUGAAAAAGUAGUAUACACUGUAAAACAAAGUGCUGAUGAUGUCAAGAAGGCUCUAGAUGGUGAACUUGAUGAAAAGUAUAAAAAAGUAGAAAGUUUAAUUGCAAAAAAAACUGAAGAGUCAGCUGAUGCCAGGAGAAAAGCUGAAAUGCUACAAAAUGAAGCAAAAACACUGUUGGCUCAAGCAAACAGCAAGCUGCAGCUGCUACAAGAUUUAGAAAGGAAAUAUGAGGACAAUCAAAAAUAUUUAGAAGAUAAAGCUCAAGAGUUAGUAAGACUGGAAGGAGAGGUCCGCACACUCCUUAAGGAUAUAAGCCAAAAAGUUGCUAUUUACAGCACCUGCUUGUAACAAAGGAGAAAGGGCUAGAAGAUGGCUGAAGUAACCAAAGCAGAGGUACAAAGUACAUUUAAAAACUGCCUGAAUGAUCUUCAAAAUAAAACUCACACCUAUUUAAUGUUUUUAACCACUGAGUUUUGUAUGGAGUUAAAUAAAAUACAUUGGUUUUGUAUAAAUAUA